UGCAUUAAACGUUGUUAAAUACAUAUAUUUUUCAGUAAGAAUAAGAAUUUACUUAGUACAACACAAAAUUCUGAGUUUCCAACAAUACUCGUAUUUUAACUUUCACUGGUCAGGCAUAAAUGCAACUUUUGUCAUUAUGAAGCAUAACAAAUUGCGAAGACACCGCGUAAAAGAAUGCGUGAACCUUGUGGAGUUGAUAAGAAGAAAAAGAAAUCAAGCAUGCAGUUUUAGCUGUUCCAGUAGCUAUAGACGGAAUAUAAGGAGCAGAGGUAAUAUCGUAAGCGAUAACAAACGCUCCCUCGGCUUAAAAUAUAGCCAGAAUCAAAAUUACGCUUUUCAACAAAACCUUGAAGCAAGUGCAGUUUUUGAAAGGUCCUCGCCUUCGUUGAUUUCUUCUGAUCGCGCUUCGCAGAAGAACAUAGUUCGUAACUAUUGUAGAGAACACGACACAAAGAUUAACGCCCCUUUAAAUCAAAAUCUUUCCAAACCGGAAUCGCAAGACAUUAUGCUGCCAGGUAGAACUAUAAACCAUGAUUGCGAUGAAGAACCACGAUUGCGUGAUGACAAUGAAAAACCUUUUGUACCUUCCGAUGAAGUUCUAUCCGCAAAAACGGAUAUAAGCACACCACAACAAACGCUAAAUUCUUACGCUGUAUUUGAUUUACAACAGUCUAACGAAAAUGAAGAGUUCCAUUUAAUAAACGAUGGUUUGAUCACUGAAAAUACUCCUAUUCACAGUCAGUCCAAACUUCAAAUUAUAGAUAACACGUUUAUCUCUGAACAUGUGUCUAGUAGACAAAUAAUAACUGAUGAAGAAGCCGGUGGCGACGGUCAUCAUAAUAAUUCGAUCAUCGAAAUCGAAAUAACGCUACAUUCUAGCAAUGAUACCAACUCUGAAGAAGAGGUCGAAGUGGAUUAGAAUGAACCUGCAAUGGAAUUCGGCGAAUAGCGAAGAAUUUAUGCGUUUCCCUACAAAUGUAUGUAUAUUAUAAUCUAAAAAGAAUUGAAAAGAGCUAUACUUAAAUGAAUUUCAAUAAUGUCUAAAUCACGGGAAUUUUAAGUUCUUGCAAAUAUAUACAUAUGUACUUACAC